CGAUUAUGGAACAAGAUAAGCCAAAGAAGAGAAAGGGGUCAAAGCACGACAAGACGGGGUGCUUGACCUGUCGCUACAGACGGAAGAAAUGCACAGAAAAUACGUUUCCCAAUUGUGGAACAUGCAUUCGACUGAACUUGGAAUGUGUUCGAGAUCCCAUUCGUCGGGUCGUUCCAUGUAGUGGCGAUGACAAUAUCCAACCGCUCUUGACUCGGUACCAACUUGAUACCCCCCCGACUCAACUAUCUCCAUUACCACUGAACCUGAACUCUCCCAAGAGACGCCAGGCGAUGAAUCACUACAUCAGAGUACUGUCAGAGCUCUUGACUAUAAGUAAAAACAAUAACUCAUUUCUGUCUGACUUUCUCCCUCUGGCUAUGGAAUCACCAGCACUAGCCGAAACCCUCAUCGCAUACUCAUCUGGCCACAUGUCACAUUCAGAUCCAAGUUACACUACAGUAUCACUCACGGCACGGUCUAGAGCCUUAUGUGAACUGUCAAUGACGAUCAGCCACCCAGACCAAACUGCUUCAGUCACUGAAACCGCACUAUCCGCUUGUCUUAUUCUUUUGACUUCUGAGGUGUGCUUGGGAAGUCACCAGAGCUGGUAUAAUCACCUUGUCGGAGCCAAACAUCUCAUCGCUUGUGCUCAAAGUCAGGCUGAUGGGUCGCUCGUUCAGGGAGCUCAGGCACUGAGGUUGACAUCAGAGGGGCGAUGGAUCCUCCGUAACUUUGCGUACCACGACAUCAUUGGUGGUGUAACCCUGGGAACAAAACCUCUGCUCAGUCCCGAAUAUCUAAAGGAUAUUACACACGAGUUUGAUACCUACUUGGGUGUUGCUUCACCGCUUCUUGUAUACAUAGGCCAAACAACCUGCCUAAGUCUCAACCCCAUCGAUAUCGACUCGGGUAUUCACCCGUCAAGAAACCACCUGAGCAUCCAGCAUGAGAUCGAAAGCUGGAAGUGUCCUACAGGAACCCCCUCAACUCUUCAGGCUGCAGCCUAUGCAUACCGCGGUGCUGCGCUUAUCUAUCUUUACCGAAAGAUGCGCCGCCAUCUUGAAAUAGAUAGCAAUUACUCCCUCACCUAUGGGAUGCCAUUGAGCACUCUGAAUGAAAAGCUUCAGACGAUCGUGGCGAAUACUUUGGAUAGUAUUGGGCAAGUACCCGAAAACGACGUUUCCGAGUCCUCCCUUCUGUUUCCUCUGUUUAUUGUUGGAGGGGAAACUGAACGUACUGAUCAAAUGGAAUUUGUUCGUACGAGACUACAAGUUUCAUAUAACAAACGAAGAUUUCGCAACAUCUCGCGAGCGCUAGAAGUACUGGAGGAGCUGUGGGUUUAUCGCCUGAUUCAGGAUGUCGUGGGCGGGGAACGACCAGAUUGGGAGGAUAUCUUGAAGUCUAGCCAAGAGCCAUUACUUCUAACAUGAGGGAAUCGCACGCAAGUUCUAGACCGGAUUACAAAGGUAGCUAUUGACUGUCGCCAUAUCUCA